UGAUGCAUGCAUGUGUAUGGCACACAGCGCUGCAGUCCGAGCCUAGCCGUCCAAGUUCUUGGACUGGUCGAAGUCAAACUGUGUGUCCUCAACCUGAAUUUUUAUAUGCACGUUGGUCUGGAUUGCGUUACUUCUGAUUCUGUGUAUCAGAGAUGUUCAGACAAAUAGAGAAAUUUGCUUUUGCCACCGAUAUUUGUCGACAAAUGUGUCGAAGUAUUGUGACCAGAACGGUGGUAAAUCUUGCCGGUGCACCAGCUACACGUAUAACGUUAGUUAAUGAUCGCUGGGUAGGCCCAAGGGAUCUGCCUGGAUUGUUGAUUGAUAACCAUCUUUUACAUGCUCACUUUCGUCAAACAAACGUGCUGAGGCAUUUUGCCUCCAAAGCAACAUCAAAGUUUUCCCGUAAAAUUAAAAAAGAAACGUAUGACAGGUACAUGGGUCUUGACCCAUCUCAAUUGCAGCAUGGCUUUGAUGAGGUCCCUGAGCUUCAGGAUGCCGAUGAAAAUGUGCGUAGAAUCUUCAGUCUGGAAUUUGCUCCAGGGAGUGAAAUUAAGAAAUUACAAGAAGUAAAGAUCUUGGAAGAGGUCGGAGCCGACCUAGCAGGAAUUGACUUCACCAACUUCCUGGUAACUCAGAUUGCCAAGUGGACAGUGAGUAUUCGAAAACUAGCCCAGCACAUGGAGAGAUUUCCACGGGAUAAGAGCAAUAAGCAAAAGUUGCUGAUACUGAUCGCCCGCCGCCGCAAAUUCAUCAAGAUCCUCCGCAGAAGGAACUUUGACCUGGCCAACCGCCUCUUGGACAAGCUGGGUCUGGAGUACACCCCGCCACCACGCUACAUCAGACGGGUGACCAGGCGGUCCCUGGAGAAGAAGACGGUGGUUGAGCAGGCCUUCCAGGAGCGACAAGCCGCGCUGCGAGAAUUUAAAGACAGAGUGAAAGAGGAACAGCUGCAGGAGAUUGCGGCGCUGAAGAAGGAACUCGGGAUGGAUCUGACGGAGGCAGAGAUGGGCAGACUAAGGCAGGAUGGCACAUGAGGCAAUGGGCCCUUGUCAUACAGGCAUUCUAGUUCAGUGAAAUCAGUGACCCUUAUGGCCGAGUGACAUCGGUAGAUGACGUGAAUUUGAUACAAAGUGGCAAAGACGCUCUCUGUAUUCUUCAGAGUUGAAGUGUAGCCUUGUCAUUAGCAUUUGGGGAUUCAUGACAGCAAGGUCAGGUGUCCUAACCCAGCUGCUAGCUAUGUACUGUGUUGACAUUCAUCCAAGAGACUAAUCACUGUCUAAAACAGGUACAGCAAAGAGCAUCAUCCCUUGCACCUCUCUACUGUAUCAGUCACAUAACUUUUCCUAGGAUCACUUGAUUUCAGGGUUUUGCUCCCCCCCCCCAGAAUGCCAUUCAGAAGCUGGAAAGUAAUGCAGUUUAAGUGCGGUUCUUACUUGGUGCAUUUCUUGAUGUGAAAUUUGCCUCAAUUUUGCAAUUGCCUAAAGCGUGAACUGACCUUUAUACUGCUUGAACUUUUCUCCUCUCUGUCAAUGAGGUGUACAUGUGUAUGUAUGUCAGCAUACAGGUGUGCACAUGUACUUCUAUUCAACAAGUAACUUGCAGUCCUUACAAGGCAGUUAACACUAACGCCUUGGACAAACCAAACGUCCUACAUAUGCCUAGUUGCAAAUCUAUGCCCAUUCAGCCAAAAAUAUGAAACGCCAGGGAAAAUAUUAUUAGGUUUGUUUACAAAUUCUUCAACUCAUUGGUGGAACUGGAAAUCACAGGCCUGGGGGUGGGCAAAAAUUGUGCUAUUUUUUCGUGUAACUUUUUAUGACCUUUCUGAGGCACGAGGCUCUGUAAAUGGGCUUUUUGACAUGCUUUUGGGAGGAAAUUAUAAAAUGAAUCUAAAAAUAAUAUCCUAUCAUUUUCACAAAAGCAUUUGCCCUGUGGAACCGCUCUUGCUAGUGAUUGAUAUUUUUGAGUGUUGACAUUUCUGAAUACGUACAUUCAUUUGUUUGAAUAAAGAAGCAUUAAUUACAGAUGAGUGUACGUGUAUGCAAAGUCUUAAUGAUUCAGCCUGCUAGAUAGUUUUGUAGGAAUUCGGUAAAUAUUAACUUUUUUUGUAAGAUUUUCAUCACCAAUGGCAACUUUUGUUAUUGGAAUGGCAGAAAUAAAGUUGAAGGGACCAUAUGUACUCACAUGUUGAAACAAA